AUGCGAGCCAACGGGUCUUCCUGUGAACAAAUGAGACAAAUCUGGGAAAUUGUCUUUUUCAAACCUGAUACUUUCGCAUCAAUAACACACUUCGAAGUUGAAAACCUGUAUAAUAGUUUGGGAAUAGUUACUUUACCAUUUACUCCGAUAAAAAGGAUGAAAAUUCAGCAUCUCUCACUGCCUUCGUAUCUCACUGCUGAAGGCUUUAUGAGAAUUCUGGAGUGUAUACCCAACAUAAAAUCAAUCGAAGUUGCUUGGUUAGCUGUCCCAGUCGCACCACUUACAGCGACUCUUCCGCUUCUAAAUUGCACUUAUCUAAAGUUGGGUCUUGAUUGGCACGUCAUUAGUUUGAAACAAUUUGAAGGGCUGUUAAAAAUGACACCAAAUGUGAAAACAUUCGAGUGCACUUGUUAUAAUGCAGUUGACCAGUUUUUAGAUGGAAAUGAGUGGGCAUUGAUUUUUAGAGAAUAUUAUCCGGAACUGAUCAAAUUUAAAUUAACAGCAUAUCUGGCAUAUCACACAAUGGAUGCUGCUCAAGAAACCGUUGAUAACACAUUUAACACAUCGUCAUAUUGGUUAAGUAGGAAUGUAAAAGUUGAGAAAGCUGACAGAAGCUGUAUUGUAUCGUUCGAUUUAAAAACGAGUGUUUGA